CUGAGUAUAUUUGGCGCCAAAUAUCUAGCUGUCAAACAAAGUGUUGUGUGGAGUGUAAGACCGUUGUUUAGUUAUUUGUUAAUAGAAUUAUCAAAUUUAAACAGAGAAAAUGGAAGACGGAGACUUCGAUCAACGUUUAAGAGAUUUGCAAAGAGAAUACUUAGAAUUCUUAGACGAUGAGGAAGACCAAGGCAUUUACAUGGAGAAAGUUAAACAAAUGAUAGCUGAUAAGUCACAGCGUUUAAUUGUAAAUGUUAAUGAUUUAAGACGUAAAAAUCCAGAGCGUGCUCGCACUUUACUUGACAACGCUUUUGAGGAACAAAUUGCGUUUCAAAAAGCCUUAAAAGAAUACGUCUCGUCGAUAGACCCCACGUACGCAAAGGUUCAGGAAGAGUUUUUUGUGGCAUUCUGCGGCAGUUUUGGUAACAAACAUGUUACACCAAGGAGUUUGACGUCUCGGUACCUAGGUAACUUAAUAUGUGUGGAAGGCAUAGUGACCCGUGUAUCACUGGUGAGACCAAAGGUGGUCCGCAGUGUGCACUACUGUCCUACCACCAAGAAGGUCAUGGAGAGAAAAUAUACUGACCUCACCUCCUUUGAAGCCUUCCCUACUUCUGCUAUAUAUCCUACUAAGGAUGACGAAGGCAAUCCUUUAGAGACAGAAUAUGGGCUCUCCCGCUACAAAGACCACCAGACCCUCACAGUGCAGGAGAUGCCAGAGCGGGCCCCUGCAGGACAGCUUCCCCGCAGUGUGGACAUCAUAUGUGAUGAUGAUCUAGUUGAUAAGUGCAAGCCGGGAGACAGAGUACAGAUUGUGGGCAACUACAGGUGCCUGCCUAGUAAGCAGGGAAGCUUCACUGCUGGCACAUUCAGAACAAUACUCAUAGCCAACAAUGUAACUCAGAUCAACAAAGAAAUGAAUAUGAACAUAACUCUAGAGGAUGUGAAGCUCUGCAAGCGUCUCGCCAAGCGCGGGUCUGCGGACAUGUUUGAGUUGCUGAGCAAGUCCCUGGCGCCCUCCAUACAUGGACAUGAUUACAUCAAGAAGGCUAUACUUUGUCUGCUGCUCGGCGGGAUGGAGAAGAUCUUGCCUAAUGGCACGCGACUUAGAGGUGACAUCAACAUCCUGCUGAUCGGCGACCCGUCCGUGGCCAAGUCUCAGCUGUUGCGCUACGUGUUGCAGACCGCGCCGCGGGCUAUCACUACCACGGGCCGAGGCUCUUCCGGCGUCGGUCUCACUGCCGCUGUUACUACAGACCCUGAGACUGGGGAUCGCAGAUUGGAGGCGGGCGCCAUGGUCCUGGCGGACCGCGGCGUGGUGUGCAUCGACGAGUUCGACAAGAUGUCGGACAUCGACCGCACGGCCAUCCACGAGGUCAUGGAGCAGGGCCGCGUCAGCAUCGCCAAGGCGGGCGUGCACGCCACGCUCAACGCGCGCUGCUCCGUACUGGCCGCCGCCAACCCCGUCUACGGCCGGUACGACCAAUACAAGACGCCGAUGGAGAACAUAGGGCUACAGGACUCUCUCCUCUCUCGUUUCGACCUGCUGUUCGUGAUGCUGGACAUCGCGGACGCUGACCACGACAACAUGAUCUCUGAGCACGUGCUCAGGAUGCACCGCUACAGGAACCCCAAGGAACAGGAUGGGGAGGUGUUACCUAUGGGCUCGACAGUUGAGAUGUUGUCCACUGAAAACCCGGAUAAUGACGAGGUUGAGGAAACAACCCAAUCGAUCUACGAGAAGUACGACCCGCUGCUGCACGGCAACACGCGCAGCAAGAAGGAGCAGUACCUGAGCACGAAGUUCAUGCGCAAGUACAUCCACAUCGCCCGCCUCAUGAAGCCCAAGCUCACGCAGGACGCGUCCGACACCAUCGCGGACGAGUACGCCCGCCUCCGGAACCAGGAUGUCAUGGACAGUGAUGUUGCUAGGACGCAGCCCGUGACAGCCCGUACGCUGGAGACCUUGAUCCGCCUGUCCACGGCCCACGCCAAGUGUCGGCUGAGCUUCCAGGUCACGCAGGACGACGCGCUCGCAGCCAUACAACUCGUGCAGUUCGCAUACUUUAAGAAGGUGUUAACCAAAGAAAAACGGCGCAAGCGACGCGCGUCGUCCGAAGAGGAAGGCGCCGCUGAAGAGCCAGAACAACCGCGCGCUAAGAAGUCCAGAAAAACGGACGCGGCCCCCGGCGAGGACCCGUACUCGUUCUCUUCAGACGAGGAGGCGGAGCCCGUGUUGCGGGCAGCGAGGCAGUCGCAGCCAGACCCGCCGCCCAGGACCACACGCUCCUCACAGAAGGCCAUCGAUGCCAAUAGGCUAACACAGUUCAAGUCAGCCCUCCAGCAGCUGUUCCGCGAGGAGCGCGCCAACUCCCUGCCCCUCUCCCGCGUGACGUCAUACGUCAACGACAAGUUCUCGCACGAGACCUUCGACGACGGAGAGAUACAGGCGGCGCUACACAAGAUGACGCAGGACAACCAGGUCAUGAUGGCUGAUGAUAUUGUGUUCCUGAUAUAGGCCUACUUAGCAACAAGCUUUUUUAGCGUGGUGCUUUAGCAGUAGGCUAUCGUCAGUCAACUUGCUUUGCUAUCUCCCGCGGUACCGCUCACUUAUCUCAGGAAGUUAAUAACAUGCGCGCACAGUAUACUGUAAAGUUCAUCACUCCUAGUUUCUACAGAAUGUUCAUUAUUGUCCUUUGAUAAUAUUUUCCAUCUCAUGUUAUAAGCAGUUACAUCAUCAACUUUUCUGCCUAUAUUAACACGAAACUGCCAUAAAAAUCAUCUAUACAUCACAAAUUGUCAAUGAUAUUACAAAAACAGUGUAUUUUUCGAUAAUUUACAAUAGAAAUAUAGAUAUAACUUACACUUAAGAUCUGAAUCAGCUUUUGAAUGAAGCUGUGCAUGUGAUAUGGACCUUAACGGCUUUAUAACAAUGUUGAUAGUUGAUCGUAAGACUUGUUUAUAAUACUUUAAUGUUAAGUUUAAUUCACUAUUGAGGAUAAAAAUGCAUGUUUCUUUUGGUAAUGCUCUUACUUGUGUUGCAAUCCAUGUAUUGAUUACAUAAAAAUCGUUGCUCCUGAUCCCGCCUAUUAAUAACACGUCUGUUUACUUGUUAAUGUUAAGUUUAAAUUGUUAAGUACAAAUAGUGGUUAAAUACAAAUAAUCAAGGUAAAUGUACAAUGGAAAUUGACAAUAAAAAUCUGAUUUACAA